GCGUUUGUUAUCAAACAUGCUAACAUUUUGUUGCUAGCUAGUCGUAAGCCAGCAGCUGUCCAAAUAUACUUCCUUCAUUGUUAUUUUAUCUUAAUUAACUAGGAAACAAUUGCAUGCGCCUACUCUUACCUGCCACGAAAAACGUUAGCUUCCCUACAGCAAUGCUGAAACUAAGUUAGUACCAUUAGCUAAGCUAUCAACAAUGCUAGCAUUUUGUACUAGCUACAAUGCUGUUGUGUAACGUUUGAAUUUGAGUGUCUGCCAGUGUCAUUGAGUAUCACUGCUUGCCUGAAUUGGACCAUCAUCUGUUGUUUGGUAAGACCUGAUCGCAUAAUUUGAAUAGUUAAGGUUUAUUGUCUAUGAACUUUGCUAGAAUGACUAGCUAACCUGGUAGCCAGUCUAAUUCAUUCUCUACCGUUUGUUGUUGAGUGACUUAUUGUAGCUAGCUGCAGUAUCUAUCUAGCUAAAGCAAAUAGCAAGCUAAACAAAAUAUUUGUUUUUGUACAUUUAGGGGUGGGUUUUGGUCAAUGUAUUUGUUCUACAAACUCACUGUGGAUGGAAACAGAAAUUGAAAAGUGUGGUUUUAAUUGAAUUAAGUACAUGCAAUCAUCAUCAUUAAUACUUUAUGUUUCCUGAUUUUAUAUUCCGGGGUCCAGACUGUUGCUUCAGCUUAUAUUUUGGCUGCCACAGAAUGCUGUCUACUGUGAGGACAUCGUUGGCUAGAAUAGCCAGUCAUGUGAAUUCAAGGUCUGUGAUUGGUUUGACACGACCUCUCUGCAGCCAUCAGACCUAUUCAACUGACCCUGCUGGUGUCAGGGUAAGAUAACUAGUGUUGCAUAUCCUGGGCUCCAAAACAAGAUUAAUGUUGGCAAUAUAGUAAAUGCAUAUGUUACAAUAAGACAGCCUACAAGACUGUUAACUGCACAGGAACAUUUUGAUCUUAUAGGUAGCUGGAGAUCAACAGUCAAUGAAAUACAGAAAGUUUUUCCUCCCUUCCACUCAAUCACAGGUGCUAUAUGAUGGAGAAUGCCCCAUAUGUGUUAAAGAGAUCCAAUUCCUGCAGUAUCUGCAGAGAAACCGACCAGGGAAAGUAGACUUUGUGGACAUCUCCCUGCAAGGCUUCGAUGAAGAGAAGUAUGGGGGGAUCAGCUAUGAGAUGGCCAUGGACGAGAUGCACGUGAUUGAUGAGAAUAACAAGGUAAACAGCUUGAGUUGGAACGACACUAAAUAUGGAUAAUCACCAUUGAGUAUGGCAAGAAUGGCUAUGUUUGUUUUUCUUUUGUUUGCUGAUCAAAAAUAUAAUUGCAAGAUAACUCAACAACAAUGUAGGGGCGUGGAUCAGAUAACCAGUCAGUAUCUGGUGUGACCACCAUUUGCCUCAUGCAGCGCGACACAUCUCCUUCGCAUAGAGUUGAUCAGGCUGUUGAUUGUGGCCUGUGGAAUGUUCUCCCACUCCUCUUCAAUGGCUGUGCGAAGUUGCUGGAUAUUGGCGGGAACUGGAACACGCUGUCGUACACGUCGAUCCAGAGCAUCCCAAACAUGCUCAAUGAGGGACAUGUCUGGCGAGUAUGCAGACCAUGGAAGAACUGGGAAAUUUUCAGCUUCCAGGAAUUGUGUACAGAUCCUUGUGACACGGGGCCGUGCAAUAUCAUGCUGAAACAUGAGGGGAUGGCAGUGGAUGAAUGGCACGACAAUGGGCCUCAGGAUCUUGUCACGGUAGCUCUCUGCAUUCAUAUUGCCAUCAAUAAAAUGCAAUUGUGUUCGUUGUACGUAGCUUAUGCCUGCCCAUACCAGAACCCCACCGCCACCAUGGGGCACUCUGUUCACAACGUUGACAUCAGCAAACCACUCGCCCACAGAACGCCAUAUACACUGUCUGCCAUCUGCCCGGUACAGUUAAAACUGGGAUUCAUCCAUGAAGAGGACACUUCUCCAGCGUGCCAGUGGCCAUCGAAGGUGAGCAUUUGCCCACUGAAGUCUGUUACGACGUCAAACUGCAGGCUUCUCCAAGCUCUGAUGCUGGUGAUGGUCAUUAGUAGCCUACCAAACUUGCUAACUGCCUGGUACUCAGUACUCUAUUGUCCCUCUAAUCCCUCUGACAUCAAUGGAAAUGUAAUUGAAAAUCUAAUCAAACACUUUAUUAGAGCCCAAGAGCUCAUAUUUUGCAACGUUUCUAUAGGAUAUGCAAUUGCGUGAGAAAACAGCGUUUUGAUGGCCUCUAUUAAAAAGAGGAGGAUCCCAUCAGCUUUCUAUAGGCUUACUAUAUUUAUUUCUCAACUUUCCUAAUAUUAAGCACAUUGCUUAUCUUUACAACAGGAGUAUAGCCUACCUGGCUGGCAUGAAAAUUAACCAUGGGAAAUGCGUCCUCCAUUCGCUAUUUAAGUGCAUAGAGAACAUGUAUUUUUUUUCCUCUGCCCCUGUUUCUAGACAGAUGCAUGAUAGUGGUCCAUUCUAAAUCAAAACAAAUUUCACACAUAUAAUAUUUAGUAUACAGUGAGGGAAAAAAGUAUUUGAUCCCCUGCUGAUUUUGUACAUUUGCCCACUGACAAAGAAAUGAUCAGUCUAUAAUUUUAAUGGUAGGUUUAUUUGAACAGUGAGAGACAGGAUAACAACAACAAAAUCCAGAAAAACGCAUGUCAAAAAUGUUAUAAAUUGAUUUGCAUUUUAAUGAGGGAAAUAAGUAUUUGACCCCUCUGCAAAACAUGACUUAGUACUUGGUGGCAAAACCCUUGUUGCCAAUCACAGAGGUCAGACGUUUCUUGUAGUUGGCCACCAGGUUUGCACACAUCUCAGGAGGGAUUUUGUCCCACUCCUCUUUGCAGAUCUUCUCCAAGUCAUUAAGGUUUCGAGGCUGACGUUUGGCAACUCGAACCUUCAGCUCCCUCCACAGAUUUUCUAUGGGAUUAAGGUAUGGAGACUGGCUAGGCCACUCCAGGACCUUAAUGUGCUUCUUCUUGAGCCACUCCUUUGUUGCCUUGGCCGUGUGUUUUGGGUCAUUGUCAUGCUGGAAUACCCAUCCACGACCCAUUUUCAAUGCCCUGGCUGAGGGAAGGAGGUUCUCACCCAAGAUUUGACGGUACAUGGCCUGGUCAAUCGUCCCUUUGAUGCGGUGAAGUUGUCCUGUCCCCUUAGCAGAAAAACACCCCCAAAGCAUAAUGUUUCCACCUCCAUGUUUGACGGUGGGGAUGGUGUUCUUGGGGUCAUAGGCAGCAUUCCUCCUCCUCCAAACACGGCAAGUUGAGUUGAUGCCAAAGAGCUCGAUUUUGGUCUCAUCUGACCACAACACUUUCACCCAGUUCUCCUCUGAAUCAUUCAGAUGUUCAUUGGCAAACUUCAGACGGGCCUGUAUAUGUGUUUUCUUGAGUAGGGGGACCUUGUGGGCGCUGCAGGAUUUCAGUCAUUCACGGCGUAGUGUGUUACCAAUUGUUUUCUUGGUGACUAUGGUCCCAGCUGCCUUGAGAUCAUUGACAAGAUCCUCCCGUGUAGUUCUGGGCUGAUUCCUCACCGUUCUCAUGAUCUUACAUGGAGCCCCAGGCCGAGGGAGAUUGACAGUUAUUUUGUGUUUCUUCCAUUUGCGAAUAAUCGCACCAACUGUUGUCACCUUCUCACCAAGCUGCUUGGCAAUGGUCUUGUAGCCCAUUCCAGCCUUGUGUAGGUCUACAAUCUUCUCCCUGAAAUCCUUGGAGAGCUCUUUGGUCUUGGCCAUGGUGGAGAGUUUGGAAUCUGAUUGAUUGAUUACUUCUGUGGACAGGUGUCUUUUAUACAGGUAACAAACUGAGAUUAGGAGCACUCCCUUUAAGAGUGUGCUCCUAAUCUCAGCUCAUUACCUGUAUAAAAGACACCUGGGAGCCAGAAAUCUUUCUGAUUGAGAGGGGGUAAAAUACUUAUUUCCCUCAUUAAAAUGCAAAUCAAUUUAUAACAUUUUUGACAUGCGUUUUUCUGGAUUUUUUUGUUGUUAUUCUGUCUCUCACUGUUCAAAAAACCUACCAUUAAAAUGAUAGACUGAUCAUUUCUUUGUCAGUGGGCAAACGUACAAAAUCAGCAGGGGAUCAAAUACUUUUUUCCCUCACUGUAAAGACCAGAUUAAAUCAAGAAUAGUCUGAUGGGUGACAAUAUUAGCCUAUCACUUGUGAAUGAUAUAUUAUCACUUGUGAAUGAUGCCCAGCUUGUGUGCAAAUCAUAGUCGCACACCUCAUGUAGCCUAGGACAUAGGCCUAUAUGUUUUGAUAAGAUUUGUAUCACAACUAAAGUGGCCAAAAAACGUCUUACAUUUAAGCACAUUAAUCCGCUUUACAACAGGUGUAGCGCCUAACUGGCAUGCAUAUGCAGCGCCUGAAGAUCAUUUUCACCAUAAAAAUGCACCUUUAUAAUAAAAUAAAUACAUGCAUAAUCGCAUUUGCAGUCACUUGAGUGUUGUUUUCCCGCUAAUUGAUUGCAUUUUGGAACAUUCUCGCUUAUAGCCUACUGCCGUGUGCGCAUUGCUGCGCUUAUAAUGUUAUGAAAUAAACCAUUAGGCUAUCAACAUUUUAAGCUAAACAUUCUGAUCUGUUGCGUCAGCCUCAUUGCUUUUAAACGUUUAUUUGAUGCUAGUGGGUGUAUUAAUUUGGGAUCUAUCGCAUCUCACAACUGUCCCAGACUAUGCUUGGAAUAUUGAUUUCUCGCACAGAAUGGAAUAGGUCAACUUUUGUACUAUGGGGAUAUUCAGCCCAAGGGCACAACGGCCACUGGCCGCAAAAGGCAUGGAUUUUUUUAGGGGGCAUUACGGCCACAGAAAGGGGAUGCCGCCGAGAAAUUUGAGGCAUUAUCAAGUGCUUGUCAAAUUGUGAAUGAGAGACUGAUGGAGUGUGUGCAGCCUGUGCAAAAAAAACAAAGUAGAGCUCAUGCCUUUCAUGCAACUUUUUUCAAAUCAUCAUUAGAGUCGUAUCAUGCAGCCUUAGAAUGUAUUAUAAAUCAAAACAUAUAGCCCAACAUUUGUAUCACAACUAAAGUUGCAUAAAUAACUCUAAAUUAUGAAUAUAGGAGGACCUGUUUCUUUGUUAACCGCUCAACACAGAUCAAAUAAUUCGGACAAAAUAUCCUUUCUAUUUUAUUCAACUAUGUUAAGUUAAUAAUACGGAGAAAAAAAAAGGAAAAAUAAUGCCAUGGAAUUCUAAGCAAAUCUUGUCUGCUAAAUGAACUAGUGUAGCCCACAGCCAUAUGGCAUAGCCAGAUCAGGGCCUAACAUAAGGACAACGCAGAGUAUGCUAUUCUGUUAAUCUGAAAUAGACUACAUUUUCUUCAUAUCAUGCUUCUUUAGACCUGUCUAAAAUAAAUAAUGGAUUUAUUGUGAUGGUGUAGGCUAUAUUAAAUGGAUUUAUUAGACUUUUUUAAAUGUAGAUGUUCCAAAAUCUGCAUCAGUGGCUUGUUAGCUAUGCGUGGAAGCCAGGAGAGAUGCUAAAUGUGUUUAUGUUAAUUAACGGUCAAUUGCUAUGAGACCAGCAUUUAUUUGCUUGACAAUCACCAGCUGACAAUUUCAUGACCUCCACAGCCCUAGUUGUGCCAACCCACAGUUUCAUCAGCUGUCCGGGUGGCUGGUCUCAGACGAUCCCGCAGGUGAAUAAACCGGAUGUGGAGGUCUUCGGUCUGUGGUUGUGAGGCCGAUUGGACAUACCACCAAAUUCUCUAAAACGACGUUGGAGGCGGCUUAUGGUAGAGAAAUGAACAUUCAAUUCUGUGGCAACAGCUCUGGUGGACAUUCUUGCAGUCAGAAUGCCAAUUGCACUUUCCCUCAACUUGAGACAUCUGUGGCAUUGUGUUGUGUGACAAAACUGCACAUUUUAGAGUGGCCUAUAUUGUCCCCAGCACAAAGUACACUUGUGUAAUGAUCAUGCUGUUUAAUCAACUUCUUGAUAUGCCACACCUGUCAGGUGGAUGGAUUAUCUUGGCAAAGGAGAAAUGCACAUUUCUGGGAUCUUUUAUUUCACCUCAUGAAAAAUGGGACCAACUCUUUAUAUGUUGCGUUUAUAUUUUUGUUCAGUAUAGUUAGUUACACCCACAGUAUGUAUCUCUUCUUUCACUGACUCUACCACUUCCUUUCCUCUCAUCUCCCUCCAGGUUCACCGUGGUGUUCCAGCCUUUACAGUCAUGUACAGUGCAGUUGGUUUAGGCUGGCUGGGCCGCUUCAUGUCAUGGCCUCUCGUUAGACCAGUCAUGGACAAAGCUUAUGCAAUCUUUGCUAAAAACCGCCUGAAAUGGACCGGACGAGAAGACUGUACUACAGGACGCUGUGUGAAGAAAGAACCUUGACCAUGGAGGGAGUUGAAGAACUUACCCAUAAACAGAGGAGACAGCACCUCAUUACAGGUGUGGCACCUCUUCACAGUCAAUAUAAACUUUAUUUCCUCUUUAUAUCAGGUGCACUUGGGCACUGAGUUCCACCACUGACUGGAACUUAACAAAAGAGCUUGCACUCCAUUUGCUGGAACACAUGCAGGAAAUGUACACUAUAUAAAUGCCCUUCUAGCCUCAUCUCUUUUUGCCAAACAGACAUUCUUUCCAUCUGAAAUCUUGUGGCGUAACUACUUAAAGCUACCACUAGAUGGAAUCUUUAUCUUAGACAAGGUUAUUGAAUAGGUCCAAGUCAAUGAUUUAUAUAUAUACACAUCAUUGGUCCCAGUACAUUAAAAUGUAUUGUUUGUAAUUCACCCAUGAAUAAAUUAUUUGAUAUGAUCAUCAACCAUUUUCAAGUUGGCAUGUUGUUUCAUUAGGUUGC